AUGUUGCCCGAAGGAUACACAUUCAGACCUGUGGAAAAGUCAGAUCACGCAGACUAUGUUGCCACUUUAAGUGUUCUCACGCAUGUUGGAGAGAUUUCUGCGGCCCAGUUUUCUGAAUUGCUUGACCACUGGGCACAAAACGAAUCCAUCUACUAUCCUCGAGUUAUUGCAGACCAAAACAACAAAGUUGUGGCUACAGGGAUGAUUGUGGUGGAGCGGAAACUUGUUCACGGUUGCGGAAAAGUCGGCCACAUUGAAGACAUUGCUGUGGCCAAAGACCAGCAGGGGAAAAAACUUGGCCAACACAUGAUUCAGGAAUUAAGUAAAAUUGGCCAUGGUCUAGGCUGUUACAAGGUGAUUUUGGAUUGCUCUGAGCACAAUGUGGGAUUCUACGAGAAGUGUGAUUACAAACGUUAUGGCAGUGCCAUGUCGAUUCGUUACGACUAG